CAGAAGCCAAACAUCAAAACUAGGUUAUAAUCCAACACAGAUUUUUACUUAAUUUUUCAUGUUCUUUAAUGUUUUAGUUUAUUUUCUUUAGAUUUAAAUGUUUUUAUUACAUUGAGAACAACUAGAAUUUUAAUGACUGUAUCCAGUAAAAUGGGUGAUAUUAAUAUAUCAUUCCAAGAAGAUGACAUUGCGUACGAAGAAGAAAUUUUACGCAAUGCUUUUUCUGUAAAACAUUGGUUACGGUAUAUUGAGCACAAAAAGAAAGCACCUAAGCACAUAAUCAACAUAAUUUAUGAAAGGGCUUUGAAAGAACUGCCAGGUUCAUAUAAAAUUUGGCAUCAAUACUUAAAACUUCGCCGAAAACAAUUGAAAGGUCUAUGUAUAACAGAUCCUCAGUUUGAAGAAGUCAAUAAUGUAUUUGAACGUGCCUUGGUUUUCAUGCACAAAAUGCCGAGGAUAUGGAUGAACUAUUGUUCUUUCAUGACAGAUCAGUGUUUAAUAACAAGAACUCGACAAGUGUUUGAUCGGGCUCUGAGAGCAUUGCCAAUUACUCAACAUCAUAGAAUUUGGCCCUUAUACAUUACAUUUAUAAAGAAACAUGAUAUUCAUGAAACUGCUAUAAGAGUUUUUAGAAGAUACCUUAAAUUAUGCCCCGAAGAAGCCGAAGAGUACAUAGAAUACUUGGUUUCUAUAGAUUGGUUAGAUGAAGCAGCCAUUCAGUUAGCUAAAAUUGUUGAUAGUGAUACCUUUGUUUCAAAACAUGGAAAAUCUAAUCAUCAACUGUGGAAUGAACUUUGUGAAUUAAUAUCUAAAAAUCCACAUAAAGUACAUUCACUAAAUGUUGAUGCUAUCAUACGAGGUGGUCUUAGAAGGUAUACUGAUCAGUUAGGACAUUUAUGGAAUUCCUUAGCAGAUUAUUAUGUGCGUAGUGGGUUAUUUGAACGCGCUCGAGAUAUUUAUGAAGAAGCAAUUCAAACAGUUACUACUGUUAGAGAUUUUACACAAGUUUUUGAUGCAUAUGCUCAGUUUGAAGAACUUAGUUUAAGUAAGUGUAUGGAAGAAGCUUCUAAAAAUCAAAACCCCACUGAAGAUGAUGAUAUUGAUCUUGAAUUGAGACUUGCCCGAUUUGAACAUUUAAUGGAACGAAGGUUACUGCUACUGAAUUCUGUACUUUUACGCCAAAAUCCUCAUAACGUACCUGAAUGGCAUAAAAGGGUAAAACUGUAUGAAGGCAAGCCUCAUGAAAUUAUAAACACAUAUACAGAAGCAGUUCAAACUGUUCAACCAAAAUUAGCUGUUGGUAAAUUGUUUACAUUAUGGGUAGAAUUUGCUAAAUUUUAUGAAAAAAAUGGACAGAUUGAUGAUUCAAGACUAGUGUUUGAAAAGGCUAUUUUAGUUCCAUAUGUUAAAGUAGAUGAACUAGCAUCAGUUUGGUGCGAGUGGGCAGAAAUGGAAAUUCGUCAUGAGAAUUAUGAAGAUGCUUUAAAACUAAUGCACAGAGCUACAGCAAUGCCAUCAAGGAAAGUAGCAUAUCAUGAUGAUACCGAACCAGUUCAAAUGCGUUUAUACAAAUCUUUAAAAAUAUGGUCAAUGUAUGCAGAUCUAGAAGAAAGCUUUGGAACAUUUAAAUCUUGUAAAGCUGUAUAUGAUAGAAUUAUAGAUUUAAAAAUAUGCACUCCACAAAUUAUUAUGAAUUAUGGACUAUUUUUGGAGGAACAAAAUUAUUUUGAAGAAGCGUUUAGAGCUUAUGAAAAGGGUAUUGCACAAUUCAAAUGGCCAAAUGUUUAUGAUAUUUGGAAUACUUAUUUAUCAAAAUUUUUAAAUCGUUAUGGUGGUACAAAGUUGGAAAGAGCAAGAGACUUAUUUGAACAAUGUCUAGAAAAAUGUCCUCCUCAAUUUGCUAAAUCAUUAUUCUUAUUAUAUGCUAAAUUAGAAGAGGAACAUGGAUUAGCUCGACAUGCCAUGGCUGUUUAUGAACGAGCUACAGUUGCUGUACUACCUGAAGAAAUGUUCCAAAUGUUUAAUAUAUACAUUAAAAAGGCUGCAGAAAUUUAUGGUGUUCCCAAAACGAGACAAAUAUAUGAAAAAGCAAUUGAACUAUUACCAGAAGAUAAAGCAAGAGAAAUGUGCCAACGCUUUGCUGAAAUGGAAACCAAAUUAGGUGAAAUUGACAGGGCUCGAGCAAUAUAUUCUCACUGUAGUCAAAUGUGUGAUCCUAGAAUCACUGCUGAUUUUUGGCAAACUUGGAAAGAAUUUGAAAUAAGACAUGGCAAUGAAGAUACUAUGAGAGAAAUGUUGAGGAUUAAACGGAGUAUACAAGCUACUUAUAAUACUCAAGUUAAUAUGAUGUCUGCUCAAAUGUUAAGUUCAGCAAACUUAUCUGCUGGUACAGUUGCUGAUUUGGCUCCUGGUGCAAGAGAUAAUAUGAGAAUGUUAGAAGCAAAAGCUGCAGCUGAAAUACAAUCAGGAAAUGCUGGUUUUGCUAAGCCUUCAAAUAUUAUGUUUGUUCGGGGAGAAACACAAGGACAGCCAAAUAGGGAUGACAAAAUAUCUAAAGUUAUUAAUCCUGAUGAAAUUGAAUUAGAUAUGGAUGAAGAUGAUGAAGACAAGGAAGAGAAUUCAGACACGGAACAGAAAGAAGGAUAUGAAGAAACUGCUGAAUAUAAGGAUGCUCCAGUUCAAAAGCAAAUAGUACCAGAUAAAGUGUUUGGUAGUCUAUUAACAAAACAGGAUGAUUAAUAUUGUAACUUAAUUUUCAUGAUUAUUGUAAAAUGUAAAUUAAAGCCAGAUAAAUCAUUCAUUAUUUGUAAAUAAAUUGAGUUUCACAUCAACAGUAAAAAUCUAUCUAGUAAAUGUUUAAUAAUUUACUACCAAAUUUAGUAGUAGGUGGA